AUGCGAUGGCUCGGGACAGCGUCUGUCGACAAGGAAUACCGCUCUCUGGUGGUACACCUGGAUAAGAAAGAGGAGGUGGACAGGGACUUCAACCAGCGAGAUGCUACCGUUGCCACCUCUACGGACACUUGCAUUAUCGCUGCAAGGCGCCAGCUCCGAUCUGUGGACAGUGCGCCCAACCGGGCCAUUCUGCGUCGACUUGCACCUCGGACGUUUUUAAGUGUGCAGCGUGCGGUGGAAAAGGAGCACACAAGGCUACAGAUCCUGGGUGCCCGGUAUAUCGCCGGGAACUCGCCAAGCUAUGUCUGGAUCGGCAGCGCGUACCUGCUCGGGAACGCCACCUUCGUGCCGGCCUGGGGCAAGAUCUCGGACAUAUUCGGCCGCAAACUCGUCCUCAUUAGCGCCGUCGUUAUCUUCUGGAUCGGCAGCCUGCUGUGCGCUGUCAGCAAUAGCAUAGGCAUGCUCAUCGCCGCGCGCGCCGUCCAGGGCGUCGGCGGCGGCGGCACCAUUGUUUUUUGA